AUGCGGAUUAUGAUCAAGGGAGGUGUUUGGAAAAACACCGAAGAUGAGAUCUUGAAGGCAGCCGUGAUGAAGUACGGCAAGAAUCAAUGGUCUCGUAUUGCUAGUUUGCUUUCUAGGAAGUCUGCGAAACAAUGCAAGGCUCGCUGGUACGAAUGGCUGGACCCUAGCAUCAAGAAGACAGAGUGGACGCGAGAGGAGGACGAGAAGCUGCUUCACUUGGCAAAAAUCAUGCCGACACAGUGGAGGACGAUCGCUCCCAUCGUCGGCCGCACAGCCGCGCAGUGCCUGGAGCGAUACGAGAAGCUGUUGGACGAGGCGAUGCGAAGUGAAGGUCAGGCCCCGGAUGAAGCGGAUGACCCCCGCAAACUCCGCCCAGGAGAGAUCGACCCGAACCCGGAGUACAAGCCAGCCCGUCCAGACCCUGUUGACAUGGACGAGGACGAGAAGGAGAUGCUCUCCGAGGCCCGAGCAAGGCUUGCCAACACGAGAGGUAAGAAAGCGAAAAGGAAGGCCAGGGAAAAACAGCUCGAAGAAGCUCGCCGCCUUGCUUCUCUGCAGAAACGACGUGAGUUGCGCGCAGCUGGAGUCGAGAUCGUUCGCAGAAAGAAGAGACGAAACUUCAUCGACUACAAUGCUGAGAUCCCCUUUGAGCAUAAGGCUCCUCUUGGCUUCUAUGAGGUUGACGGGGAGCACAGCAUCGUGCCAAAGCAGAACCUUACCAAUGUGAGCUUGAAGGACCUUGAAGGUGCCCGGAGGACAGAAGUUGAAGAGGAGAGGCAGAAAGAAGACUCAGAGAAGCAGAAGAAGCGAAGGAAGAAGGACCUUCCUGGCGCGAUCGUGCAAGUGAACAAGAUCAAUGACCCACAGCGUGUCACGAAGCGUGCCAGGCUGAUUCUGCCAGCCCCCGUCGUCACCGAUCAGGAGCUGGAGCAGAUUGCGCGUGGAGGAGUGAUGCUCGAUGUCGAGGAGGGAGGGAGUGCAGCCACGAGGUCUCUUGUCGGCUCCUACACGCCUGGCGGUGUCACUCCCGGCAUCCACGGAGCCGCCAACACUCAGAGGAUAGCUCGCACGCCCAUGAGGCAGUUCUCUCUCCAGGAGGAGAUCAAGAGCGUCGCCAUGAUCAACGCCAUGGGAACUCCCCUGCUGGGCGGUGAGAGCGGACGCGACAGAAUCGAAGGAAAGGAUUUCAGUGGCAUCACCCCGGCAAGGCCGGUGAUGGCAACGCCCAAUGUGGCUGCUGGGGGGAUGACCCCAGCACAGACCCCUGGGUUCGGUGGCAAGAUGCUUGCAGCCGGCGAGGCGACACCUGCCAUGAGUUUGACUGGCGGUGCAACGCCAAUGUUCCGAGACGCCCUUCACUUGAAUGCUGAUGAUGGAAAUUCGCUGUAUGAUGAAAAUGCCAAGAUGCAGAGGGCCAAGGAAACUCUCUUGAAGCAACAACUUAAGAAUGCGUUGAAGUCUCUUCCAACUCCCAAGAAUGACUAUGAGCUCAAUUUCGGAGCUCUGGCAGAAGGAGUCGAUGGUGAAGAAGAGAAGGAUGCUGGAUUCGAAGAAGACAUGUCCGACAUGGCACGCAGGCUGAUGCGGGAGGCCAAGGCGAGAGAGCAGGCUGAGCUCAAGAGGAGGGCCAUGGCAAUCCAAAGAGACCUCCCCCGCCCCCUCCAAGUCAACCCUGCCUACGGGAAGGGCGAGACAGCAGACAACAUGGCAAACGCGACCUUGCAGGCUGCUGCCAAACUCGUACACCAGGAGAUGCUGGCGUUGCUCCACUCAGACUCGAUCGCCCACCCUGUUGCCGGGGCCGCUCCUCCUUCAGGGAACGCGAAAGUGAUCGAGCCGGUCGACGACGAGUACAUGAAGAUGGCGAGAUCGCUGGUCGAUGCUGAACUGAAGGCUUACUCUCAAGUCUGGCAAGAGAUCUCAGAGCAAUUCGUCUACCUUCCCUCCGAGAGAAAGCUCAAGUUGCGGGAGAGUUUGACACCUGCUCAAGUGAUCGAGACGCUCAAGAACGAGCACGAGAUUGUCGUGGCGCAUGCGAACCGAGAGGUGAAGAAGAUCGGGAAGGCGGAAGGUCGGACGGCGAAGAUGAUUGCGGGGUACGAGAAGAGGAGUCAGUCGUUGAAGGAGGACGGGUCCAACAUGCUCAAGGAAAAGGAGGAGAACAUGUUUGCGCUGGAGACUUACAAGCUGAUGCAUGCCUACGAGAAGGACGCGACCCCCAAGCGAGUGGAGAUGCUGAAUCAGCUCUGCGAGUCGGAGAACCUGAGGGAAACAAAGCUUCAGGCUCGGUACGCUGAGUUGAUCGCAAAGAAGAAGGAGAAAGCAGCAUGAGCGUGAGGGUUCAGUCGCUGGGAUGAGAUGUGACUCGUUUAACUUCCGUCCUGCCACAUUGCAACAUUUUUUUCUCUACACCUAGAUCAAACUUGCUAUCGUUUU